CGCUCACAGAUUCACAUGGCGCCUGCAGAUCUGCUGGGUGGGGCAGGAACCGGGGACUGUUUACAAGUGAAACUCGCUGUAGCUUUACACCUCAGUAAAUAAUGGACAGGAAACUGAAUCUGGACCGAGCUGAGACAUUCUCCUUUGUCAACCCGUGGAUCAGAUACUUUCUCUUCUUCUUCAGCUUCUUAUUUUGGGUUUUCUCCCUGUUGAUUGUUGCAAUUGGUGUGUAUGCUAAAGUCCAGAAGGCCACAGACACGGUGAGGGACACGUUCCUGAUCGACCCGGCUGUCAUCUUAAUUGUGGUGGGGGUGGUCAUGUUCUUCAUCACUUUCUGUGGCUGUAUCGGAGCUCUCAGAGAGAACAUUCGCCUCCUCAAGACAUUCUCCUUCAGCCUCACACUGGUCUUCCUCACCCAGCUGGCCAUAGCGAUUCUGGGCUUCUUUUACUCCGAUCAGGCACGCGAUGCUUUGGGAAAGUUUGUAAAGAAAGCAAUUGUGCACUACAGGGAUGACCUGGAUCUGCAGAACCUGAUGGAUUACAUUCAAAAAGAGUUCAAGUGCUGUGGAUGGAACAACUACACGGAUUGGUCUUGGAACCUCUACUUUAAUUGUACACAUGACAACCCCAGCUCUGAGCGCUGUGGUGUGCCUUAUUCCUGCUGUACUCCUGUUCCUGGGGAGGCAGUGAUCAACACGAUGUGCGGUUUUGGAGUUCAAACGCAAAACUUCAUGGAGGCAAACAAGUCGAUCUACCCAGUAGGCUGUGCAGACAAAGCAGUGAUGUGGAUCGAGUCUCAUCUGCUGCUGGUGGGAGCUCUCGCCUUGGGUCUGGCCUUACCUCAGAUUGCAGGAAUUGUGCUGUCCCAGAUCCUGAUCUCUCAGAUUCAAGAUGAGAUUACCUCAGUGUUGUGAGAGCGCUACGACAGAGGGGAAGAAAACGAAAGAAAGGAACUCGCAGUACUCCACUCAGCUUCUCUGACAUGUUCAAGGACAUCUUUUCUACAGCUACUACUGCAAUAUCCGGGCAUGUGAUAUUCUUAACAUGUGGUUGCCUACAGGUAUACAAGUGUGAUGCACUUUAAUGUAUUAUUUAUAGUCAAUUAUAUGCCAAGUGUAUAUAUUAUUAAGCGGUUUUGAACAUUGACGUCAAGAUUUCAUCUGUUUAAAUGUGAAAAGUUUGCUUAUAGAAUUGAGUUAAAACAUAUGCAUUUAUUAUUUUAUGUUACUGUUUAUCAAGGAACAUCAGCUCACAUAAA